UUAAUAAAAAAGGCGAGGGCGCUCCCAGUCUACUCGGAAGUUGAGCUUGCUCACAUUUUUUGCGCGCAAGUUUCUUUGGGAAGCACAACUCUGCAGGAUCGGGUUCAAGGCUAAUAGAAACACCUGUUUUGGAAUCCACCUAAAAAAAACAGUGUUGUCUUCUAUCUCUAAACACAAAAUGAAUGCACCGAGACUUGUUUUGUGUUUGUGUUGGGUUCUGCUGCGCAUUCACACUUGCCGUAGCCAGAAGGACUGCACAGGUGUGGAGUGCCCAGUUCUGCAGAACUGCAUUGAAACCAUCCUAGACACAGAUGCCUGUUGUCCCACCUGUUCACAAAAAGCCUGCUCCUGUGAAGGCUACCAAUACUACGAUUGUGUCCGAGCAGGCUUCCGUAAAGGGAAAGUCCCAGAGGGCAAAUCCUACUUUGUGGACUUUGGGAGCACCGAAUGCGCUUGUCCGCAGGGAGGAGGGACGAUAAGCUGCCGUUAUAUGGAGUGCCCUGAAAUUUCACCAAACUGCAUUGAUAUUUUACAACCUGCAGAUGGCUGUGCGGAAUGUGGGCAGAUUGGUUGUACCCAUGGCAACAAGAAGUUUGAAGCAGGAUUUACUUUUAAGAUAGACCAGUGUCAGGUGUGCCACUGUCCAGAUGAGGGGGGCAAGCUAAUGUGCUCGCAUAUUCCUGACUGUGACGUCCAAAGUGUUAAUAAGCCCACACAGGUUGCAACCACCACUGAGAACACCAAAACUCUGAAAGACACUUACAGCCAUGCUUCUGGAACCAAGUUAAUGCUGGGAAACACGCUCCCCUUGUACAAGCCAGAUCCACCCAGUCUUGGCACAGAUGAUUAUGACUACUCACAGUCUGAGGCAACAUCUCCCCCAAUCGGAAAUCUGGCCCCACCAACUACAGUUCCACUGGCUUCCCCUGAAUCAAGCUCCACCUCAAAUGAUGACAGAAGCGCGCUGAGGGAUCCACAAAAAAGAGAGGAGAGCAGUGAGGAUGAUGACAUGCGUAACCAGGGUCCAAUAAGCACGACGAUUCAAAAAGAAACAUCAACACUUGAAACAACAACACAGAAAGUGACAUUGGAGAACCGCAGAUCACACCAAGAAAAUGAAGGAAAGGGCGGUAGAAGAACGGUGGUGCACAAAAUGGCACAUCAGAGCCACAAUAAAAAGAGUCGAGAUAGUCGUGUCAGGAAUCACCACAUCGUCCAUUCUGGCGGCCCUAACGUUUCAAUGGAGCACGGUGAUGAGAAGGCUCAGGGCUCGCAGCCCACAAUCCAGCUCCUGCCCACCAGGAUGACUCCAAUCAGGUUGAGGGAGGAUGGAGAGCAGCCCCAAAGACACCCUCAAAACAUCUCCCACUACCAACCCCAGCAUGAAGAUAGAGAGCUAAACGUGUCAGUCGUGGAGCUGGUGGAAGCCUGCUGUGAGACUGGGGCAAAAUGGGCUUCAGUUAAUGGUCACUGCAGCAACAUGGAUCGACCCACGCAAGAUAGACAGUCCAUCUGCUGGACAUCUCAGCAGCGGUGCUGCCUCGGCUCCCUGAGAGAAAGCCGAUGUCUGGCUGGAAUCGGUGCGGCCAAAGACGGAGAUAUGUGUGUGGAGGAUGCCGUUGAUACGUGUGGGCACAGUUCCUACAAGGAGUGCUGUGACUGCUGUUCUCUGGGGCGGAAGUUCCGCAGUGAAGUUCAAGAGUGUAAAGCCCACCGGCACAUGGGCCUCCCCUGCAGACACGUUUUCCUCUUUUGCUGUGAGGGGGCGGAGACAUGGGAAGAGGGUCAUGAAAGCUGGCAUGCUGUUAAAGAGAAGCCCGCCCUUAGUGCUACUUCACCACCAAAAAGAGUGGCCGACAGCCUUUAUCCGAAUGAGGCCUUCUCGAUCGGAGAAGAGCGACAUGGGGAGAACGCUGUGGAGGGGCCGACUGAGGUGGAGGACAUGGACGAGUGUCUGAUCUACGGCGGCAGCAUCUGCCACCACAGAUGUGUAAACACACCAGGCUCUUUCCGCUGCGAGUGCUUCCCGGGAUACGUGCUGCAAGAGGAUGCUCUCACUUGUGCACCAGAGACAGUGGAUGAGGAGAACACACUGAAGGAGGAUGAGACCAAGGGGGCGGAGCCCACCACCUCUUCUACGCCACCCACCCAGCCUUCGGUGCCACUCAACCCCUGUGAAGGAAACGGCCCUUGUGACCAACAUUGCAUCCCUGAGGGCGGAAGGCCACGCUGCUCUUGUUUCCCAGGCUUCUCUCUCAUGGCUGAUGGACAAUCCUGUGAAGAUAUGAACGAGUGUACGUCAGCGCAUGCCUGCCAGUUGAACGAACGCUGCUUGAAUACUGCGGGGAGCUAUGUCUGCCAAAGACUGAUCACAUGUCCCCCGGGAUACCAAAUCAACGGAGACAUUUGUAAAGAUAUUAAUGAGUGUAUGGAAGGCAGUCAUGACUGCAUGCCCGAAUAUGAGUGCGUAAAUACAGAAGGGUCGUUCAAGUGCAACCUCAAACCCCUUUGCUCUGUUGGAUUUGAACGGGACGCACAAGGCAACUGUUUAGACACCGAUGAGUGUCACACCGAGCCGUGCAGUUUAGGCUUUAACUGCAUCAACACAGUGGGGUCCUACGUGUGCCAGAGGAAGAUGAUAUGCAGCCGUGGCUAUCACACCAGUCCUGAUGGGACCACUUGUAUUGACGUGGAUGAGUGCCAGAGUGGUGCCCAUCAGUGCGGAGAUGGCCAGCUGUGCCACAACCUGGCCGGGUCCUAUCGCUGCGAAUGUCAGACCGGUUAUCAGUACGACUCCUUCAGACGCAUGUGUGUCGAUGUAAAUGAGUGCUGGCACUACCCGGGUCGUCUUUGUGCUCAGACCUGCGAGAACACUCCGGGCUCCUAUCAAUGCUCGUGCACCACCGGCUUUCGCUUAUCCGGCGACGGCAAUAACUGCGAAGAUGUGAACGAGUGUUUGUCAAGCCCUUGCGGUCAGGAGUGUGCCAACAUCUACGGCUCCUACCAGUGCUACUGCAGACAGGGCUACCACCUGCGGGAGGACGGCCACACCUGUGAAGAUAUCGACGAGUGUUCCCAAAGCAUCGGCCAUCUGUGCACUUAUAAGUGCGUCAACGUUGCUGGCAGUUAUCAGUGCACGUGUCCGGAAACUGGAUACACAAUGUCACCAAACGGACGCUCAUGCAGAGAUAUCGAUGAGUGCACCACAGGGGCCCAUAACUGCUCGCUAGCUGAAACCUGCUACAACAUCCAAGGUGGCUUCCGCUGCCUCUCUUUCAGCUGCCCAGCAAACUACCGCAAAGUGUCUGACAUUCGCUGUGAGCGGAUGAGCUGUCCCAACUACCUGGAGUGUCAAAACUCACCGCUGAGAAUCACCUAUUACUACCUCAGUUUCCAGUCCAACAUCGUCAUCCCCGCUCAGAUCUUCCGCAUCGGACCUUCGCCCGCUUACUCCGGAGACAACGUCAUCGUCAGCAUCACGGAGGGAAACGAGGAAAACUACUUCAGCACCCGCAAGCUAAAUGCCUACACGGGCGCCGUGUACUUACACAGACAGGUUGAGGGCCCGAGGGACUUCUUGAUUCAUGUGGAGAUGAAGCUUUGGAGGCAGGGGACCUUCACCACCUUCCACGCCAGGAUUUACGUUUUCAUCACGGCCAACUCGUUGUAACAGAUUCUCCGCAGGCCGCCAUGGACCUUAAAAAAAGGACAUUACAUUUUUUUUCUACCAAAUACAAAGUAGUAUUCCCUUUUAUUACAGUAUGGAUAUUAUUUCCCAUUGGUUGUAAAACCUCUUGCUUUACUCAAAUCAUCAUAUGUAAUAAUUGUUUUGUUUGAUAAAUAUGAGGUAUAGCGUAAGAAAUACUGUAUUUGUGUGCCUAAAAAAAACACCGAAGACUAUUCUUUCUGCAAUUUGUUUUUGAAGUAUUUUUCUAAACUCCAUAUUUUUAUAUCUCUGUACUAUCUAUUCUGUUGUAUGUAUAAGAAUUGGAUGUAUUAUAAUUUUAUACUAAAUAUCUGCCAAGUAUUAAAGUGAACACCAAUGUAGAUGGUCGAGUUCGGAUUAAAUAUAUUUAUUAGGGUAAAA